AUGUUCCACACGUUUGAAGGGUUUGAGAACCCAACCGCAACAAGCGCAGUCCGCAACCGGGCUACCAGUGAAAGACGUGAGUCAAUCAGCCGUCGCGUCACCACUCUCCGAGCUUGUACCUCGUGUCGGCACCGCAAGAUCAAAUGCGAUGGCGAAAAACCUUGCGAGGCAUGUCGAUGGUAUAAGAAAUCAGAUCAAUGCCACUAUUCAGACCCGCGGCCGUCGAGAAGGCACGUAGAAAAAUUGUCUACCACCCUAGAAGAGUACAGGAGUAUUCUAGGAAGACUGUUUCCAGAUUUACCACCAGAGUCACUGGUCAACUUGUCACGGGAGAAACUACUUGAGCUCACCACCGCCUCGGCAGGCUCUCAUGUUCAAACCCUCUCUCAACAUCCCGAGUCCCCUGCAACAUCGGCUUCAUUAGACGCUCAUCUUUCACCUUGUUCAAAUGAAGAUGAUAACCUGGAGUCCCUCCAGAGUAUGCCGGAGGAACUACCGGACAGCCGCAAUACCAGUUCAACGGACUUGGCAGAAGGCGUUUCUGACGAUGUCAAUGCACUGUCCUUGUCUGCAAGGCAACCCUCAUCAUACUUGGGUGUAUCGUCAAUACAGGCAGUGAUCAAAGUGAUAGUCUGGCUGGACCCAGGCUGUGCUUCUUACUUUUCACGAACCCCAGAGGCCGAGCAGGAUGGGGGGAUAGGCUGGCCCCAUCGUGCGCCUAUCACACCACCACAACCAUGUAUUCCGCCGUCAGAGAUGCAGAUGCUCGAUGCUUACUUCCUUUACUUCCAAGCUUUUGCUCCAAUGAUCGAUGAGCGAUCCUUUCGUGAGACCUACUGUGCUGGCCGGCGUCGAGAUGACCAUUGGCUUGCAUUGCUGAACAUUGUUCUUGCUCUGGGCAGCAUCGCGGCCACUGGCCCUGAUGAUGUGACACACCAGACAUAUUUUCUUCGAUGCAAGAGCCACUUGAGUAUCAGCUCAUUAGGAAGCUCUCACAUCGAGAUCGUUCAAGCACUUGGCCUGGUGGGUGGUUGGUAUUGUCACUACAUCAGCCAGCCAAAUCUGGCAUACUCUCUGAUGGGUGCUGCGCUUCGCAUGGCGGCUGCCCUGGGUCUUCACAAGGAAUUUGCAGACACCCGACAACUUCCCAGUCCAGCCAAACUCGCCUCAAUGGACCUCAAGCGCCGUGUGUGGUGGUCUUUGUUCUGCAUGGACACCUGGGCAGGUAUGACGCUAGGUCGACCUAGUAUGGGACGCACAGGCUCGACCAUUACCGUGAAGCCACCUCUCUGUCGAGAUAAGGAGAAUGUUCUCGAAAUUCUACCCUUAGUCGAAAAUAUUCGCUUCGCCAAAAUUGCAACCCAAGUCCAAGAAUCACUCGCCGCAGCGCCACUGGUCAAACACCAGGAAAUGGCACACGCCGAUACUCAGCUGCUCGAAUGGUGGGACAACCUUCCAUCUGUGUUGAAAAACCACGAACCUUGCUCGGAGUCAAUUAACACCGUCCGAACGGUCAUGCGCUGGCGUUACUACAAUCAACGGAUUCUUCUAUACCGGCCAACAUUACUUAGCUAUGCAAUGCGUCGGGUCCCAUAUAUUGCACUACGCUCUGAAGAGCGCACAGCAAUAGAGAGAUGCCGCGAGGUUGCCCAACAAUCCAUUGAGAAUAUUGCUGCGACCGCUCAGCUCAAUCAGCUUUGCGGCUGGAAUGCUGUCUGGUGGACCUUUCAAGCUUCGAUGGUUCCUUUGGUCGGGUUAUUCCUUCAUGAUCCUACUGCAGAUGAUCCUCGCGCCUCGAUUGAAUCCUGCCAGGCACAAGUUGAGAUGGCUAUGAUGACCCUUGCGCGCAUGCAGUCCUUUGGACAUACAGCAAAGCGCUCUCUGGAUGCAAUAUCUCGUAUAUACGAAGCCAGCAAGCGCGGGCAGGACCUUGCCGAGCCUGAGUCGGCAGUUAUUGGCCUUGGUGGCUCUUAUCCUGCUGGUCGCGAUUUGUCGCUCCUAUUCACGUCGCCAUCAGAUCCGUGUCGCAGUAAUACCACAAUGACAGAAAACGGGUUCCUUGAUCCCCUUGCUACCCCUUUCACGGACGAUUCUGGUGGUCAAUAUCUCUGGGAGUAUCUGAGCUGGAGUGACAAUAGCCUCUGGCCUGGAAUUGUAGCAGAAGUUGAUGGAAGAAAUGAUGCCAUGGCUUUGCUGACUCCUGAUCAUGACAAAGGUCCGAAAUACGGAGAUCAACCGGCAUACUUUGACCCCAUGCCGGAGUCUGGAUAUGGUGUUCAUGCGGGUUUUUAUUACUAA